CUGGGACUCUUCAUAAGAAGCUGAGAGAAAGAGAGGGAAAAGGAAAGAAAGUGGCUUUCUACUUUCAAAAUGGGAGAAAAAAUAAAGGAAAAUGACAAAGUACUGUGUUAGCUGUGCAUGAUCACUUCCACAGAGACUUUUAGAAGGUGAACUGUUCCAAGACUGACACAAGGAUGUUACAAACUGACCUCUGUCUAUAGCAAAUAUUAAAAAAUAUAAACUCACUCGGAAAGAAAAAUAAAAGGCACAAAGGUAUCUCAAGCACAGUAACGGUGUUUGUCGCAGCGUUUAUUUCCACAAAUUGAUGGAUAACAGUGACAUUGUAUAUAGCUUGCAGUCUCAAUGAUUUCAAUUUAAUAUCCUAGUUAAUUGUGGUGUUUUUAAAAAUUGGGCCAUUCAUGAAGGUAGACUGCCUCAGUGGUACUGAGCAAUACUGGCUCCUGGAGUCAGUGCUGUACUUUUUCCUUGUGAAAUAUUACUGUCUCUCUUCAACAUGCUCUAAUUCUUUAGAUCUGUACAGUGUGUUUCUCUCCCUCUUCACAUCAUCACCCUGCCAAUGCCAAAAUACCCUGCUAAGGAAAGUACUGUCGUGACAUUAAUGAAAUUACUAGGGAUGCCCGCCACUUUUGUAACCAGAGUUGUCUUUAACUCUGUGGUUAGAGAGCUGGACAUGGACACCACAGGCACACAGUAUGUCUUCACUUUGUUGUUGAAUUGAGUAGCAUGGGUUGUGGAUAGAGGAGCAUGAUAGAAGGUGUGUGAGGGUUUUGUAGUCAGACUGGAGUUCAAAUCCUGGCUCUCUAAAGCAUAUCCAGCUAGGACGUGGAAUCCUAGUUGGGGGUUUUAAUAUCUAUGCCUGUUCAGCAUCUUGGACUAAAUACUGAACCUACAUCUCACGUGUAAAAUGUGUAAUGUGUAUGAUUUCUUGGUGGACCGUUAUGAAGAUGACAGACGCUAUAUGUUAAGUACUUAGCAGGUAGUUGGUGUUCAGUAAAUAUGGUUAUUAAUAAUUCAUGGAGUUUACUACUGAAUUAUCCAAGAAUUAUUAUAAUCAUGUAACCCCAAAUGGGCCUGCCCUUUCGGUCCCUUGGACUGUCCUCUUUUUUCUCCUAAGUACUGUUCCCUGAUCAUCUGACAUUAGUCAGUAUGUUUCCUCUCUUGUUUACAGAACAGGCUUAAGAACUGAUAAUAAAAUCCUCUAAGUAGCUAUGGUAGACAACUUCUAGCAGGUCAGGUGCUCGUAAUGUCUAACAUCAUUAUUCCCUUAGUAAGUAUUCUUUUUUCAUUUUAAAAUAAGUUCAGCCUUAAUGUAGAUCCUGUAACAGACUGGUUUAGAAAAGCUUGAAACAAGCAAUGGAAAAGUAUUAUUAAAGAUCCAAAUGAAACCUUCCUACUGUUGUAUCAUUCUGAUCUUCUUAAUGCCACCAUAAUUAUGAAUAAAAUUUGUGAACAGUGCUUUCAACUGAAAGAAAGAGAAGGAAAUGAAAAUCAAAGUUGUGUAUUCAAAAACUGGAGGAGACUAAACUAUUAUUGAGUCUUAAAUCCUUUUAGUAUCAAAGCAGGUAUGUAUAAAUAAAUAAUGAUAUAUAUUCCUUUUUAAGUGACUUAUAAGAUUAUCAACAUAGUGUAUAAUUGAAGGAUAUACAGUUAAGCUUUCUUGUUUUUGUUUUGAAAGAAAAUGCUACUGUUAAUUUCAGUAUUAUAAACUCUUAUUUGCCCAUAUCAGAUACUCUCUGUAGCUCUUUUGUAGUACUGUAAUAGCUUCUCAUACAUUAUCUAACAUUCUUAUACCCUUUAAUAAUGUCUAGAUAUUUUUCCUGGUGAUACAUUUUGUAAAGUUACAAUCCUGAAGUUGUAAUUACAUUUUCAAGGUAGAUGACAACAUAGUUUGACAGUAUAGUUGACAACAUAGUUUCUUUUCUUUUUUUGUCUUUUUCCUUUUUAUCGGUACCGGGAAUCGAACUCACAACUGCCUGCUUGCAAGGCAAGUGCUUAUGCCGCUGAGCUAAAUCCCCAGCCCCAACAACAUAGUUUCUAACCAUCAGCAGAUUUGGUCCUUCACAUGAUCAAUGUGUAGUUUAAGAAACUAAUUAUCUAAAUUAGAGCCAUAAAGUAUCUUAGAAAAUACUUCUAAGGAUCUUCUCAAUUUGAUCUUGUCAAGAAUAAGAUCUCUAUAUGGGGAGUGAGCACUUCAUAAUUCCUAGAUUUGGGACUGGGAGCCCAGUUUAUGAACAACCACAGUAAGUCUUGGAGGUCAAUGUAGUGGUGAGUAACACCCUCCUUAUGGGAGUCACACUGCUUAAAGGGCCAUGCCCACCUCUCACUUGCCAUGUGGCAAGGGAGUUAGGGACACUCUUAGUGAUGAUAAUCAUUUUUCUGAAAUAACAUACAGCAUACAUACAGGAUAUUCUAAGGUAUAUUUCAGUUUGAUGCUGUUUCUCUUGGAUCUGGUAGGAGACCUUAAAGGGAUAUUGCAGGCAGAUAGAUAAGUGACACACACUGUAGUCCCAGUACUUCGUAGUUGAGACAAGAGGAUCAUGAGCUCACAAGUUCAAUACCAGCUUGGGCAACAUAAAAAGACCCAGUAUCAAAAAGAAAAGAGAUGGAUGAGAGGACAAUUUCAGAAAAGCCAGAGUUGGAAUUGAAGACCCAGUAAUGUAACGAAGGCUCUCAGCAGUCACUCUUCUCAUGCUAUUAAUCUAAACAUGUGCUUUGUGCCUGUUUUUAUGACAUAUGCAAACAUACAGUCUAAGGUUCUUUCAUUAUAUUCACAUGUAUUCAAUACCUCAGUCUCAACCACAAAGAAGGGAAAAAAUAGUAGUGGUAUAAAAUUAAACCUUAACAUAGUAAGCAUGGUGAAAAUAUUGUGAAUUUGGGCAGUGGUGAUUAUUGCAUAACUUUGUAAAUAUGCUAAAAUCACUGAAUUGUACAUUGAAACCACGAUUUUCCAAUUUGUCAAUGAAAUUACUCCCCAUCCCUAUAAAACAAGCAACACAUCCCAAGAAAAUGAUUCUCAGGCCCUUCAUUUUUAGUUCAUGAGCCCAAAGUGACAUCAGAGAUACUGGUGUAGGAUCCAUACUUGUACGAGUGAGUCCUUCCUACUAUAAAAACUCAAGCCAACUAGUGAUUAUUAAUCUUAUAUGUACCCAUAUUUGUAGGCAAAAGACCAGCACAAGUGGUGACAUUCAUUUUUAGUAAUGCUCAUUAAUUUCUAGGUAGAAUAUAUGUUGUACAUGGAAUACACAUACACACACAUAAAGAUAAUUUAUGUAGAUGAAUAGACAACACAGGUGCACCCUGCCUGUACCACCUGCUCUCAGCUUCAGUUUGUAUUUAAAACUCAAUGAACCACACAAUGACCUCUAAUAGCCUUUAGUGUUCUCUUUUUGUUUAAUUUCAUGACAACACUAAAAGACAGAAAGAAAACUUACUGGAAGACAAAUACAAAAUAUUUAUUCUAAACUUCUUUUGAUAUCCUCCUGAACUUAUGCCUGACCAAAUUUAUGUAAUAUUCUUUAUGUACUCUGAUAACUCAGUUUGUAAAUGUAUUGACUGUUUUCAAAUGAAGAGAGUAAUUUUCAUUUUAUGCAAGUCCCUAGCAAAUACACAUUCAUGGGUAUGUAUAGCUGUUUAGAACAUUUUUAAAACUAGUAACCAAACACCCAAGCAGAUACUAACUCUAGAAAUCAAAAUAGUAUUUUCAUUCUUUAGGAAAUGAAUUGUUUGCAUUGUGGGGAAAAGUAGUUUCUGGUGAUGUAAUCAAUUAAAGAACUGCAGCUUUCAUCUGCUUUUGGAGAAUGACAGGCUUUUCUUGUUUAAUUAAAGAACUGCUUUCAUAAAUGUAAUUUAAGCCUUUAAAAACAUAGUUAAUUAAUUAAAUUCAGUGAAUAUCCCAAAGCACCAUAAAGGUGACCUAUUCAGAAUGGGAAAUCCUAGAAAGAAUAGAAUGCUUACACUCUCUUGGGCUCCGUAUACAGAUAUUAUGUACAUAAUUUCUUAUUGAAAUAUAUUAUCCUAGUUCAAUAUAAUUAAAUUUAGAAUGUUCAGCUUCCUUCUUGAGGUUAGUUAGACCUAGUGUGUAUAUCUAUAUGGAUGGAUGGAUGUAGGUAGGUAAGUAUGUGUGUUUGGUAUGUAUGUGCAAUACAGGGGUUGAACCACUGAGCUGAAUGUCACCCCUAUUUAUUUUUUAAUUAUUCUUUUUAGACAGUCUCACUCUGAGUUCAACCUAGUGUGAAACUCUAUAUGUGGUCCAGACUCUUUGAUCCUUCUACCUCAGCCGCCCAAGUACUGGGAUUGCAGUUAUGCAUCACUUUUCAUUUUUUGAGUAAAGGUCUCACUGAGUUGCUCAGAUUGGCCUCAAACUUCUGACCUUUCUCCCUUAGCCUCCCAAGUGGUUGGGAUUAACAGGCAUGUGCCAUCAUGCCGAUCUUAAUCUUUUUUGUACUUUUGGUGUUUGGGGGACAGAGUCUCACUAUGUAGUUCAAGCUGGCCUUGAACUCACAAUAUAGCCUAGGCGAGGCUCAGACUCAAGCAGUCCUCUUGCUUCAGCUUCCUGAGUACUGAGUUUACAACCAUAAGCCGUCAUGCCAAGCCCAAUCUUAAUUUCUUUUUAAUGAAAAUGUAAAUGGAAGUGUGAUACCCAAGGAGAUGGAGGCAGGAGGAUUGCAGCAAGAACAUGGCUAGUCUGGGCUACAUAGUGAGUUCAAGGCCAGCCUACAUAUUGAGGCAUUGUCUCAAAAGGAAAAAAAUAUACAUAUACAUAGGGGCCAGAGAUAUAGCUCAGUGGCACAUCACCUGCCUGGCAAGCACAAGAUCCUAGCUUCCAUUCCUGGUACCAAAAGAAGUGAAGGGGAUGGAGGUAGUUGCGUGCUUACAUAGUAUAUAAGGCUCUGGAUUCCAUCCCUAAUGCUGCAUCCAAAGAAAAAAAAGCACUCCAAAUAGAAAUGAUUUGUCUAAAUUUACACGAAGUUUUUCUUGCACAUACUUAUUAUUUAUGUAGCACAACUGUUGCUGUAUAUAAUUUUUAGAAGCUAUUUUAUUGUGCAUAGUAAAAAUAAUUAAAAUAUUUGGAGUAAAAAUUAAUUGUAUUUGUAUUAUCUGCCAUCUUUACAUAUCUAUUAAAAUCUAUCACAUUUUUAAAAAGCUUGACUAAUGAGCAUGCUUACAUUAUGCUAAAUUUGUUACUCAUUAAAAAAGGAAGAGUACUUUUUUUUCCUCACUGCUGGGCCCUGCCUACUGAUGGAAGUCAAAAUAAUCUAUAUUUGAAAAUGCUGUUUACCAAUAAAAAUAAGCUUACAUUUUAGUAUGUUUUUCAUAUCACAGAGACUAUUGCUGAGUUUUAGAAAUAUUUAUUUUAUGAAAUAAUGUGCUUUUAAUGAAUAGUAAUGGACAUGAUUGUUUCAGCCUGUCUGUGAUAACUUAAUGACAAAGUUGAGAAGGCUUCCACUUUCUUUUUGAGCCUGGUUAACAGUGAAUUUGUUAUUGUAGGAUGGUGAAGAAUGCAAGCCUGAGCCCCUUUGAAGCUUCUGAAGCAAUGUAGCUAAAAAGGAGCAGGCGGUUUCUGAUGCUGCUGGUUCCCUGACUCUGUUACACUUAACGUGUGGGGGAAGUAUACAUGUUACACUCCAAAAGAGUUUCUAAGUGUGCUUAUUGAUGGUCUUCAGAAUUCUCCAAUCCUUUAGUUUUGAGAAAGUUUUGUUUCCUGUUUAAGGAAGUUGGGUGACAUUAAUAUGUUUCUACAUCUUCUGUAACCCAUUUGCUUUUUGAGAAUCUUACCCGUGUUAAAACAGAGAUCCACACAUUCAGGCCUGUGGGCCAAGUUGGACUCACUGCCAGUUUUUGUAAAUAAUGUUUUAUUAGAAACAGCCACGCCUUUGUGUCUAGUUAUUGUCUGUGGCUGCUGUUACUUGACAGUGACAGAACUGAGUAAUUUCAACAUAGAUGUGUGACUUGCAAAGCCCAAAAUAUUUACUAUUUGGCUAUUUACAUUGAAGGUUUGCUGACCCCUGUACUUGAAUAUAAUGUGAGAUUAUUUUUUUAAGGGCUAAAAGAAAUGCAGUCUGGUUUUGCCGACUGUCAGUUAUUACUGACAAAAUUAUGUUUUUAGUUUGACAUUUGAAAUUUCCACCAGGAAGAUAAAACUGGAUCCGGUGAGAAAGAAGGAAGGCAUAAAACAGUUUUAAAUGUCCAUACUUCCUUAAAUGUUCAUUUACAGAUGAUAUAGACUUUGACAUAUGAAAGGCAUUUAUCUUUGUAUGCCAAAAAAACUGCUGAAAAUUUAAAUAUGAUGGUUGUCAACUCUUAAAGUUUUGGGGGUUUUUUUGGCAAAAAUUGAAUGUGUUGUUGCUGAGGACACUGUGUUGGGUCUUUUAAAAACACAUUUUUCCUGACCCUUAAAUAUCUUUAAAAGCAUGUGCCAAGAAUUCAUCGUAGCAGCAGACAACACACCCAAAAUAUUUACCAGAGUUUAGUAACCGCCUCCUUCCGCAUCAUUUUUUCCUUUUAAGCUUAGUUAUUUUCUUUUGAUUGCCAGUUCACAUUUCUUUGGUUUCUCCUCUCGGAAUAAACGACAUUUUCUAUUCCUUGGAGUUCUUCACCCAGACUUCAGCCGUCAGAAGCCAGUGAAGUGGGAAUGGUUUUUCUUUCACAUUCCCUAGCUCAACAAUUUCAUUCUUUUGCCUGAACUAUUUUGCAAAGCUUCUGAUCCUGUCAUACAAGGAAGUUCCUUCCACCCAGCUUUCACAACACAGCAUAAACAACUCAAGCUGUUGCUGUCGUUGCUAAUAGUUCCAAAGGCAGCAUUUCUAUAAGUCAUGCAAACUGCAAAUAGCAGUGUGGAGAGGGAGGAGUUUUUAAGUAUGAGUCUUCCUGUGUUGAGACUUGCCCACUGGCUGCCUCAAGUAUACUUUCUUGCCUUGAGUAAUUGGAGUCACAGAGAGAACUUAGAGUAUAUGACACUCUAAGAAAAACAGAAGAAAAAAAUAGCAUUAACAAAUGUCUGUUUUUGUUACUGCCAUUUCCUAAAUGUAUUGGUAGGUGUACAAUUUCAUUGGAUAUUUCUUUUUUUUUUUUUUUUUUUUCAAUUGUCUUUGUACCUAUGGUUGAAAACGGUAGUUGGUCUAUGACUUUUGAAGAGAGGGAGAACAGAAGAUUACAGGAGGCCAGCAUGAGACUGGAGCAAGAGAACGAUGACCUUGCCCAUGAGCUCGUAACCAGCAAGAUUGCUCUGCGGAACGACUUGGAUCAGGCAGAAGACAAGGCGGAUGUGCUCAAUAAGGAGCUCCUCUUGACCAAGCAGAGGCUAGUGGAGACCGAGGAGGAGAAGAGGAAGCAGGAAGAGGAGACUACCCAGUUAAAAGAAGUGUUCAGGAAACAGCUAGAGAAAGCAGAAUAUGAAAUAAAAAAGACCACAGCAAUCAUUGCUGAAUAUAAACAGAUCUGCUCCCAGUUAAGUACCAGGCUGGAGAAGCAGCAAGCCGCGAGCAAGGAGGAGCUGGAAGCGGUAAAGGGUAAGAUGAUGGCAUGCAAACACUGCAGUGACAUCUUCAGCAAGGAAGGUGCUUUGAAACUGGCAGUCAUAAGCAGAGACGACCAGGGAAUUGAAGCAGAUGAUGAGAAGGACUCGCUCAAGAAGCAGCUGAGGGAGAUGGAGCUGGAACUGGCACAAACUAAACUACAGCUGGUCGAGGCCAAGUGUAAAAUCCAGGAACUUGAACAUCAGAGAGGAGCCCUUAUGAAUGAAAUCCAAGCUGCAAAAAACUCUUGGUUUAGCAAAACCCUGAACUCUAUUAAAACGGCCACGGGCACGCAGCCACUGCAGCCACCACAGGCCACCCAGCCACCCAAGGAGAGCACAUAGUUCCAGCCUCAUUCAAGCCCAAGAGCACAACGAUCAAAACACGAAAACCUAGGAUUCUUCCUGGGGUCCCUUUGAAGGAGGCCAGAAAGCAAACCAGAAUCUUCCAGAAGCUCUCUCUUCCAUGACGCUUUUCAAAGGGACGUUCAAUUGACCUGAUUUAUGUCGAACACCUGUUUUCCAGCUUCUUCAGUGGAAGGCCAUGUUCAGAUCCAUCAUAGUAUUGCACAUUACUUUAUAUGCCUGGUAUUUAGUUGGAAAUUAGUAAUUCAGAACUAAAUGUUUUUUAUUUAGAACUAAUUAUUCCUAAUAAUUUUCAUCUUACAUAAAAUUGGAGACAUCUGUUAUAGUAAGGUAGAAGAGAUAAGAUCUUUGUCAUGGAAAAACAUUUUUUUUUUUUUUUACACUAAACUUCUUUAACUUUCCAGGAUUUUUUCAGACAAAGCACACGGUAGGGCUGGUCAUGACCACUGUCAGGUUUCAUCCUGAAAUUGAUUCCCAGGGUAGCAACACUCCUGUCCCAAGGAAAGAACAGACCAGGGGCUGAAAAGUCUCCAAAGAGAUUUUGGGUUAUUUUCAUUUUAUGUCAGGUACAUCUGGAAACAAAGUGCCAAGAAGUGUGGGAUAGAUGAGCUUUUGAGAACGCUGUGUGAACAGAAUUGAGAUCUUGAGAAACACACAAUAAAACCAUUUCAGCUGUGGUAUUCUAGCAGCUCGUUUUAAGAACUCACAUGGGACUUGGAAGUUCCUAGCAUGCCUGUGCACAAAUACGGGUCUGACUUCCGGCAACUGCAGAGUGACAGGUGCGAUCAUGAAUUGUAGACUUAGAUCCUGUGCACCGGAAGUCUGGCAAGGCCCAGACCUGUGCUGAGAAUGGAAUACACUGGUGAGCCAGGGACAAAAGUAAUGUCUUCUGAUGUUGGCAUACUUGCUAAAGAAACGCGAAUGUUUGGUAAUUUUGUCAAAAGACAUAGUGUUGAGAUGAAAAUUGAGGUCAGCUUUACAUUAUCUUAGUUUAAAUUUAGGGAACAUUUCUUGUAUCUCUAGCACCCUAAAAAUAUGUCCUUCGUUCCUGUAGGUGAAGAGACACAAAUAUAUUUGUAACAUAUUUGAUUGAAUAUAAGAACCUUUAUAGAAAUGCCUCAAGAAAAGGUGAACCUAUUGUUUAAAAAUUGGCCAAAGUAUUUUUUAAAUUACAUUUAACACGACUAUACAAAUAGUACUUGCAGAAAAUUGUUUAGUAAGAGCAAAACUAACUUUCCAUUUAUAGCUAUUCAAAAGAUAUCUGGUCUUAGGCUGGGGAUUUAGCUCACUGGCACAAGUGCCUGCCUGGUAAGCACAAGGUCGUGAGUUUAAUCCUUGCUACCAAAACAAAAAACAAAAAAACAAACCUAAAACAUAUCUAGUCUUUUCUCACCAAACAACUUUAGCUACCGUAACACUUAUUGAUACUCAUUCUUGGCUUCAAUGGCAAAUACUGUUUGCAAAGGAUCUUAUACUCUGUAGUGCCAGAAUGGUUCUCUGUGCCAUCUGUUGCAACUCUAACACAUUCUUAGAAGUUAGAAUCAAGUAACAGCCUUUAUAUAACCCCAAGGGGACACACUACAAGUUGCUCAUGAUAGAUACUUUCCUCUAAAUUAUCUUUAAAUUCUAAAAAGUGAAAUCUUCAUCUGUUUUUACAAUUCGUCAAACUGAUUAGGUUUUUUUGGUAUGUGUUAUAUUUUUCAAAGUAAUACUUUUGUUAUUUUUGAUAUCUUUCAUCAUAACUUCCUUUCUAUCAAAUAGGAAAAAAUCCGGCAGUCCAAGUGUCUGUGUUGACUUUAACAUUCCCUACAUGGCAGUUUGGAUAAGCUAUAAUUUUUUUGUAAUAUAUAAUGACUAGAAAAUUAUAUCUUGGCAUUCAUUUUUAUAAAUCAUCUACUAUACUAAGUUUACUGGUACCUUGAAUUCAAGAAACCCUGUACAAAUCACCUUUUCCAAUGGCCAGCUAAAUUAAAAACACACUUUUAUGUUGUAAACACAUAGGACCACAGGGAGACCCUUUUGGUUUCUCAGAUUCCACAGAAUGCCUCAUUACAUAGUUUUCCUUAUAUUGUUGUUGAGAGAGAAAAUAAUGGCUUCAGGUCAAGCCUUUAUCUACAGAGUUGGCUCAAUUUUGUAGUCCUUUUUCUUUUUCUCUUUAAAGAAAAUCCCAAGGUAAUACAUUCUAAAAGUGUCUUAUUAGUCUUUUUGAAAUAGGGUCUCUGUGUGCAGUUCAGGCUGGCCUUGAGCUCAUUUUGUAGCCUAGUCUCGUCUCAAACUCAGAACAGUCCUCCUGCCUCAGCCUCCCAAGUCCUGGGUUUACAGGCGUGUGCCACCACGCCUGACUCUGAAAAUUGACAAAGCUAUCAAUGUUGAGUUUUAUUUUAACUUCUACAAAAGAUAAGAGCCGUAUGUACUUUUUCUUUCUAACUCCAGUCAUAUUUAUGUAUGUAUAUAUCGGCAUACUAUUAGUCUAAAUUUUCCCUUACUGCAUUGCCUUUGAGUCAGUAGCAACAGAAAGUGAAAACUGUGGCGUGUGCUCUGAGGGUCACACAGUGUGUUUUAAUAGGCUGUGUUCCAAACCACGUGUCCUUUGACGUCUGUUCGAAAACUCAUGCAGCCCAACACAAAGCAGUACUAGUUUUAAUUUCACUUAUUUUGGGACACAUUUGAGAAUCGCAACUCGUCUUGAAUUACUUUUAGAAAGGAAUUAGCCAGCCAAAUAUCGAUUCCCAAACAUUCCAUUGAUUCUCAUCCUUUUCCUAGAAUGUAUAUUACAUAAAACAUUCCUUUAAACAUCUAAUAUUUGUAAUAUCUGAAAAGUGAUCACUUCUCUUUUCCUUAAAUACCAUAUAAUAAAGUGAUUAUAGUUCAACUUUAUUCAGUAAUUCAGUUCAUUAUCUUUUGUAUCUUGAGGGUCUUAUUUAACACAUUCUUUUAAAGCUGAAAGAAAGUGAGCUGAAUUUCACAGUGCAUAUGUUUGGUAGCUUCCCAGAUCAGAAUUUGGUUAUAUUUAGGUACAUAUAAUUUAACACAAAGUUCUCAGUUACCUAAUGUUCUGUAUAUGAAUGUGUAUCACGAACAUUAGUAGAAAUAUCAAACAGGCCUAUGACCUAUGUUUCUAUAUGAUGAAGAUUCUCUUUUCUCCUAGCUAGUAAUAAUUUCUUCUUCUUUAAGUUUCUUAAAUUUUCUUGGUCAAAUACCGAUAUUGGGAUAUUUAAUAGUGUUUAUCUUGUCUGGGUUGUUUUUUAAGCUCAUCCUUUCCUACUGUAUAUUAUUUAUUUUUUCUCAAACUCCUCCAUGUUCCUUAGAUAUUUUCUUUUUUUUUUAAUUUUCCUUAGAUAUUUUCUAGUUAAUAACUAGUGGCUUAAUUUCAUGGCAGAAGUGAUGAACCCGAGACAAUGCAAAGGUGCAGACACAGGAGGGAAGAGUUAGACCCUUAGAGGAGUCAGUCAUCCGGGAUAAAAAUCCACACAUGACUGAUGCAAGGGACUGAGCUUUCCUUUACUGUAGCUACUGUAGCUACACGUCUACUGUCUCACCAACACUGUGCAUCAAACACUAAGGAGGAUGAUUCGAGGACUUCGUUAAGUAGGGAGAAAACUUAAAAAUACCGUUUUGCCUCCAGGAAAGAACACUUAAUUAUUUAGCAAGAUGAUUGUAUUAUAUAAUUUAUCCUUACAAACACUAUAAUAGCUUUGAUUGUCUUACUGCAGUACAAGAAAAUGGGAGAAUGAUCAAAUUCUGUUGUAUGAUUUGAGCGCUUAGCUUUCUGUUUGUGUGUGUGUGAUUAGCGAUAUUUUAUAUAGAAUUCCUUGCCUCUUUUGUAUAUUGAUACGAUACAGCCAAAUACAUGUUGAUAUGUCAGAACACAGUGAUCAAAACCAGAAGACUGGACAAUAGCUCUGCAGCCUGUUUCCAGCUACCAGGUGUAUGAGUACAACUCUCAAGUCCCCAUGCUUAGCUGGAACUGUGUGGCAACAUUCUUCCUGUAUGAGUGCUGUCUGUACAAUUAAGGGUCUUUACCUUAGCAACUUCCUUACCUUUUAAAAUCUACAAAAUGACACAUUGUGGACUGCACCUCAACAGUGAUGCCCAUCUUGAGUUGCAAACAAAACGUAGAUGUUUAUGAGAUUUUAGUGAUUACAGUCAGCUGUCUGGUAUAUCAGGUUUCCAUCUUACAAACUGUAUGUCAGUCUUACCUACAAAUGAAUUUUCGACCUGCUAAUAAAAAUAUCUUCAGCUGCGCAUGGUAGUGCAUGCCUGUGGUCCUAGCACUUGGAAAGGCAGGAGGAUUGCCAUGAGUUUGAGGCCAUAGUCAGUUCAAGGUCAACCUACACUGCAUAGUGAGACCCUGUCUCAAAAAACUAAAAAUAAAUAACUAAAUAAAAAUAUUUCCAAUAUACCCCAUUCUCUCUACUUCUAUCUCUGGUGUACCCUUAGUUGUGUUCUGAAAAGUUUAAGAAAAAUGAUUCAUUGAGAAGAAAAUAAACAUUUUAAGUUACUUUUUUUUUUCCACUGGAAAUUGAUUUGGGGGUGGGCGGACUGGGACUCAAACUCAGGACCUCACGCUUGCCAGGCAGGCACUGUGCCACUGAGCUAUUGAUUUUUAACAUGUAAAAAUUUUCCAUGAGCUGUAACUAAUAACUAUAUAUUAUAUAUGGAAUAAGAUAAAGGAAACGGAAUUGUGAGAUUAUUAUAAAUACAUCAAAAGACUGGUACCAUGAAAGCACAUGAAUAAAGCUGGAGAUGGUCCCAGGAUCUAAGAUGUCCCAAUAGAUUUUUUCAUCAGUUUCUCUAUUUUUGGUAAUUUGCAUAAUGCAUGGAUUCAAACAAGAGGAAAAAGUUUCCCAGUCAGGCCCACUUUCUUCCAACUCCUACCUCUCCCUUGCUAAGGAGGUAGUAGAAAUUCUGUACUAUCUAUUUUUAUGAAACUUACGAUUUUACCUACAUUUUCUGUAAUAAGGUUGUAGAAUAAAGAAGUUGAUUAGUACAAACAGUGCUAAUUAACUAAUUGAAACAUUAGGUAUCAGCCUCUUCUAUCAACACCAAGUAGAUGUUUCCACAAUUCCAUGUAUUAUGUAUAGUACACUCUAUAAAUGUAAAUGUAAUGCUUGUUAAGAAAAGUGCAAUUUAUUGUACAUUGUCCCAACAAAUGUUUACUUUUAUAAUUGUUAUGAACUUGAACUGGAUUAGUAUCUUGUUUUUAUGUGUGAAUGAAGCCUUGUGAAUAAACAGAUGCAACCAAGAAAGUAACAAGGUGCCUGUUUUUGUGAGCCAGUGAUGUUUCUGAUGCUUUGUGUUUGCCUCUUUGGCCCCAUUAAGCCGUAAUAAACAUUUGUUCCAAAGUCCA